AUGUCCAAUGACCGCGUCCGCGUUAGAGGACUGAGCAUAUUCCGACCUAUCAUCUACGGAAACACCGCCGUCGUUUUGACCCAAAAAGAGCGCGAUGCGUCGCUAACGCCUGACCACACACAUCGAUGGACUGUCGCGGUGCGUAGUGCUGCUUCGCCACCGGAUGGCGACCAGGUUGGCGGGGCAGACGACUUGAGCUACUUCAUCAAGAGAGUGUCUUUCAAAUUGCAUGAUACGUACCCAAAUCCAUCUCGCAACGUCGAUAAAUCACCUUUUGAAUUGACAGAGACAGGAUGGGGUGAAUUCGAGAUCCAAAUUCGCAUAACCUUUGUCACAGAGUCAGGCGAGAAAGCUGCCACCCUCUACCAUCACCUCAAGUUGCACCCAUGGACAGCUUCCGGCGAGCCAGAAAUCCCCCCUCUCGACGUUGCCAUGAAACUCGGACCCGUUCAUUCCUGGCAGUACGACGAAGUCGUCUUCAAUGACCCGUACCAAAACUUCCUGAAUAUCCUGACCUCCCACCCUCCAACGCCACUGCCAAAGUCCAAACGAAAACCCGUACCCUUCCAUCUAGCCCACCCUGCGUCUUUGGAAGCAUCGAAGGGCGGCACACCCGAGUUCACGACGCAGAUGGCGAGAGAGGAGGAAGAGCGACUCAAGGAGGCGCGCACUCGUGUCGUGGAGGAGCAGGAAAAGUGGAGAGCAAUGUUGAUCGAAAAGGAGAAUGAGCUUAUGGACCUGCAAAAGAGGGUCAAUGGAAUCGAAGCUGCUUGA